UGUGCUUAGACACGUCUUCUCUUCCUCUUGCUGUUGUUCAAAAAAUGGCGGCAACCGACGUUGUAGAGGUGGAGGAGAAUGUUGAGCAUCCAGCCAAAAAUCCUCCAUCCGCCUUGAAAAGUUUUCUUGCUGGUGGUGUUGGAGGUGUCUGUUUGGUAGCUUCGGGGCAUCCACUUGAUACAAUAAAGGUGCGUCUACAAACACAACCUAAAGAUGCACCUUUAUAUUCCGGAGUCAUUGACUGUGCCAAGAAGACAAUAUCAAAGGAGGGCUUCAAAGGACUAUAUAAAGGAAUGACAGCACCAAUAAUUGGUAUAACUCCACUUUAUGCUGUUUGUUUCUGGGGAUUUAGCAUUGGAAAAAAAUUGCAGAUAAAGAAUCCUAACGAUGUUUUAACACCUUUGCAAAACUGGAAUGCAGGUAUGUUAGCUGGUGUUUGUACCACCGUUAUCAUGGCACCAGGCGAAAGAAUCAAGUGUCUUUUACAGAUUCAAUCAGGCGGUGACUCAUCAAAAGUCAAAUAUGCUGGGCCUGUUGACUGUGCAAAACAAAUAUACAAGGAGGCUGGCCUUUUUAGAGGGAUUUAUAAAGGAACAUGUGCAACUCUUUUGAGGGAUGUUCCUGCGUCUGGUAUGUAUUUUAUGUCUUACGAGCUGCUACUAGAGAACAUCACGCCAGCGGGACAAACGAGAGAACAGCUCAGCCCUCUAAGGAUUCUUUUUGCGGGAGGAACUGCUGGAAUUUUCAACUGGAUGGUUGCGAUUGGACCUGAUACUCUCAAGUCAAGAUUGCAAACUGCACCUGAAGGAACCUACCCAAAAGGAAUUAGGAGUGUCUUCAAAGAACUGGUGAGAAAUGAAGGCCCAUCUGCCCUAUUCAGAGGCCUUACCCCUGUUAUGGUCAGGGCGUUUCCCGCAAAUGCUGCAUGUUUCCUAGGUUACGAAUUUGCAAUGAGAUUCUUGAAUUGGCUGUUACCAAACUUCUAAUAAUAUUUGUAUAAUUUUUUAAAUAAUUGUAAUGUUUGUUUAAGGUGUUUUAUGCAAGGUUUGUCAACUCCACGUUAUAAGCGUCUACAUCUCUUGUUAUUUACAUGAAAGAGUGUCUCAUGUUCAAUGAAAUCAAAUAGUCACAACUUGUUAUUUAUUUUACUUGCUUAGAGUAU